AUGGCCAAUCCGGAAGCGCAAAACAACGCUCAGCCAGCAGAGAACGCUGCCCAGGAUGGCAUACCCAUCACUGCCACCGAGGAUAUCGUUGCACCUGACACACCACCGCAAGGGGGGACUACCACAGCCAGCGAGGCCAAGAAGGGAGACAUCUCGUCGGUACCACCGCAAGCAGGGACUACCACAGCCGGCGAGCCCUCGACCCCUUCGCAAACAGAGCCAAACCUGAUCGUACAAUCUACCGCCGCCGCAUCCAGUGGUGCCGAGACGGAUCCAGCAGAUCCGCUGAACUUUGGCCGCCAUCGCCGUGACAAUGUCACACGACGCCAGAUGAAGAUCCAACACCCUAAGGGAGACAAGAAGAAGCUGAAGAAGUUCUACACCCGGCAGAACGAACUCAUCGACCGAUUCCUGGGUGCCGACGACGAGGAGCGCCUCCAGGUGGAGGAGGACGUCCGCGUGGCGCCGAAGAUCAAGUUCGCCGUCAACGCGUCCUUCACUGUGAACUUCUGCCUCUUCGUGAUCCAGAUCUACGCUGCCGUCUCGACUGGUUCGUUGUCGCUGUUCGCGACCGCUGCGGAUGCCUUUGUUCGUAACACCGCCGCCCUGGGGCGUAAGAGGAUCGAGACCAUAGGCAUCAUCCUGUUCUGCGCAUUGAUGACUACCGUCGCCAUCCAACUACUCAUCGAGUCUGGGCGAAGCAUUGCAGGCGGUCCAACCGAGUCCAAACAGCUCCAGAUCGUCCCCAUCGUCAUUGUCGGCGUAGCAAUCUUCGCCAAGGGUAGUUUGAUGCUGUACUGCCUUGCAUACCGAAAGUACCCAUCAGUCCACGUCUUCUUCAUCGAUCACCGCAAUGACGUGGUUGUCAACGUAUUUGGUCUGAUCAUGUCGGUUGUGGGAGACCGAUUCGUUUGGUAUCUGGAUCCCGUCGGUGCCAUCUUGAUCGCCCUCCUCAUCCUCUUCUCGUGGGUGGCCAAUGCGUUUGAGCAAGUAUGGCUUCUGGUCGGGAAAGGAGCGCCGCAAGAAUUCAUCUCCAAGCUCAUCUACAUGUCCAUGACCCAUGAUUCUCGAAUCGUCAAAGUCGACACGUGCCGAGCGUACCACGCUGGUCAGAAGUACUAUGUCGAGGUGGAUAUUGUUAUGGACCCGGAUGUCCCAUUGAAGAUCUCUCACGAUGUGAGCCAGACUUUGCAGAGGAAGCUCGAAGGCUUGAGCGACGUCGAGCGAGCCUUCGUCCAUGUCGACUACGACGACGACCACAACAUUAAUGAAGAGCACAAACCCUUGUACGAGCAGAAGAAGGACAAGAAGCGACGGAGCCUGAAGGACAUCCUGCUAUGGAGAAAGAAGGAAGGGGAAACGGUGACUGCGAGUGUUCCUGACAACACAUCAUUCGAUGUCAAUCGAAAUGGGUGA